AUGGAUACAGGAGAGUACGAGUUUCCCUUUCUAAAGGAGGUCUUCUCCCCUGUUGGUUCGCACAAGAUUGAUUUUGUCUUUGUUCAUGGUCUGAAUCCCAGCGGCCGGAAUGAUCAUCCUGUCCAGACAUGGACGCAUAGCAAUGGCAAGUUCUGGCCGAGGGAUUUCCUCGCUCAGGACAUUCCAUAUGCUCGUAUCUUUCUAUACGGAUACAAUUCCAAUAUCACUACUCCACAGACGAUGUCCACGGCAAGCAUCAAGGAUCAUGCCAAUACCUUGCUGAAUCUCUUAGAUCUGGAACGCAGUCCUCAAAUGGUAAAAUCAACACGCAAAUAUGGACCUUCACAGCUUGUUGACUUGGCACAGGGUUCGAUGCCUCCGAAAGUGAUAUUUAUCGGGCAUAGCUUGGGUGGCCUCGUGAUCAAGCAGGCACUACUCAACGCCAAAGAAGAUCCCAAAUAUUCUUCAAUUCGCUCCGCAACUUCCGGUCUCGUCUUUUUCGGAACACCUCACCGUGGCGCAAAGGCCGUGGAAUUGGGAAAAAUCGCAGCCCGGGUUGCCCGCUUUGUCUCCAAAGGACAUGCUAGCAACGACCUUCUCAACUGCCUAGAACAUAACUCGCUCUUCACCCGUCAAAUGUCUGAUCGAUUCCGUCAUCAAUUGGAAGAUUAUCGUGUUAUUAGUUUUAUUGAAGGAAAGGAGGUACAGAUAGCUGGGGUUGGGCCAGCAUCCAUCAGCCAUCUUGUGGUUGAUGAAGAGUCUGCAGUCCUUGGGCUGUCUGGUUUGCGUGAAACGCAACUCAAGCUCGAUGCAGAUCACUCGCAGAUGUGCAAGAUAGGCCACCGAGGUCCUCAGUACCACUUGAUCAAAGGGAACAUAAAACAGUUGGUCGGUCAGGCCCUUCUGUCGGAGCAAGGUUUUAUUCCACAAUCUAUGCCCACCAGUGACGGGAUAUCUCCGCCUCCAGUGCCACCACGCAUACAUUCAAAUAGUAGCACGCCAUAUCAAGGGCACAAUCGCCCAUCUCUAUCAGCACAAAGGGUGACGGGGACCAUGUUCAUUCCUUUGGACAAUGACCCACGAGCUAUUCGCUCUGCAGGAUUCAAGAACCAAGCGAAAUGGGACGAAGCUCGAACCGUCGAAUAUGAGAUUUUCCAGGAGCAUCUACGCACUCUUGGUCCGGAUCACUUCAGUACAUUGUCAGUAGCAUACAAUUUAGCUGAAGUUGAACUAGAAACCAACUAUUUGGAAAAAGCAAAUGAGUGGGGCCAUUGGGUGUCUGAAAAUGCGCAGCGCGUCUUUGGGACGAAGCAUCCUUUGACAAUGAAGACGGAAAGCCUGAUGGCAGAAAUUUUGUGCCAAAAUGGCAAGUAUCAAGAAGCGGAGUCCAUCUGCGCCAACGUGUUGGCCCGUCAGCAGAUGAAUAUUGGCGAGGACCAUCUGGACACCUGCGCUACCCGGCGCCGCCUGGGCAUGACCUACAACGCCCUCGGUCGUCGGGAUAACGCCGUCAUGACUGCUGAAAAGCUCACGGAGAGCCUAAAACGUCUCCUUGGGGAAACCCACAUCCGUGUAUUCAGUGCAGCGUUGGACACUUUGGACUACAUUAUCAGCAAUCAAGCUGGGGAUGCAACGACGCUGAUCGUUAUGCGUUUCCAACCUGAUGUACAGCGAGCGGUGGAGAUGUUGCAACAAGUCUAUCAAGAGCUUCGGGAUGCCCUGGGUCACGGACAUCCUUAUGCCAUUCGCGCUCUGUGCCUCUACGGGCGAGGGCAAAGUUUUAUGCAGCAGACCAUGGAGUCAUCAGAGACCCUUCGACGGGCUCUGGCCAGUGCAGAGGAAGCUUUGGGACACGAUCAUCCACUCACCAUGGACAUUGUGGGUAACAUUGGCGUCAUGUACGCUCUGCAAAAUGGAUAUGCUCAGGGUCUAUUCAAUAACAAUCGAGCCGCGGAAGCUUUCCCUUGGUUGAAGCGAUAUUUGGCCUGGGUAGAGCACCGUAAAGGGAAGCAAAAUCCCGAGACGCAGGCCACAUUGGAGCUCAUGGCCAACUUACAUUUCAACGCCAAAGAGUACGAGCCUGCGCAGAAGUAUUAUGAACGCAUCGUAGCAAACAUACGCAGCGGGGACCCAGCAGUAACGGAGCGUGUCAAUGAUAGGCUUCAGUUGUGCCGAGCAAACACCAUGUUCACCCGUCGCGGCCUUGGAUCGGGUCUGGGGGGCUUUUUAAACAACUUUCAGCGCUAUUGA